CACCUCUCGCUUGGCAAAUGUGAUUUUUUGUGUGGUCGUUUGAAGUUUCGGAAAUAGUUUUGCUUAAUUUGUUUAUAGCUUCUGAAGUAAUUGGAACACGAUGUCACUAAAUCCACAGUACGAAGAAAUUGGCAAGGGCUUUGUGCAGCAGUACUAUGCCCUGUUUGACGACCCGGCGAACAGAGCUAGCGUGGUCAAUUUCUACAGCGCAACAGAAUCCUUCAUGACCUUCGAGGGCCACCAAAUACAAGGAGCUCCAAAGAUAUUAGAGAAAGUCCAGAGCCUGAGUUUUCAAAAGAUUACAAGGGUGAUAACCGCUGUGGACUCGCAGCCCACCUUCGAUGGAGGAGUUAUCAUCAAUGUCCUGGGACGUCUGAAGUGCGACGAUGAUCCCCCGCAUGCCUUCUCGCAGGUCUUUACGCUGAAGGCCAAUGCCAACUCGUUCUUUGUGGCCCACGACAUUUUCCGAUUAAAUAUACACGAUACUGCAUAAGUAAUAUCCAUAAAGAUACAUAACCACACCCAAAGAUGCGGCGAAGAUAAAAGAACUCGACAACAACUGACGAUUAUUUUCAACACCAAAAUCAAGAAAUAAGCAGAAAGCACAACAACAACACCAGCAACAAUUCAACAAAUAUUCAACACCAACAACGGCUAGCUCAAUCAAUGGAUGGGGUGGAGGUCCACGUCCAUGAACAUGCCCAUACACUUGCACAGACGCAUACGCAGCACCUCUGCAAGUUCUCACGUUUAUCAGCUAUGAACAAAACAGAAUAAACAAAGAAAUUAAAUUCUAACUACUAUUACAAUGUAAACGACACGCAAAUGAAAUUAGCGUGUACCGUGCUCCAUUUUCCAUGUCAAUGACUAAUUUAAAAAGCGGACAAUUUACUUUUUAUUGAGACUAAAACUCACACAAAAACAA